AAAAGACUAGCUAAAAUCGCCGCGUGAUAAAUCAAAACAAACCACAGUCAGUCUUUGGCAAAGAAGAUCGAUUCUUGGGCCAGCCGAUUGAUCAAGGAGUUACCAUCAUGAGCGUUCCAAACAAACUCUUGACCCUUGUGCUGAUCCAUCAGAAUACCCGGCUCCUGCUUGGGAUGAAGAAACGAGGGUUUGGUGUCGGGAGAUGGAGCGGCUUUGGUGGGAAGGUGCAACCAGGGGAGACCAUCUUGGAGGCAGCAGAGAGAGAAUUGCUUGAAGAAAGCUGUGUCAAAGCACCAGACAUAAAGCACAUUGGACGCAUAGACUUUGAGUUUGUCGGUGAACCACAGAUCAUGGAAGUACAUUACUUCAAAGCAACUGUGUUUGAAGGAGAGCCAGCUGAAACAGAGGAGAUGAGGCCGCAGUGGUUUGACAUAGAUUCCAUUCCCUACGAUAGGAUGUGGUCUGAUUAUGUCCGAUGGUUCCCAUUAAUGCUAAAGGGGUCGAAGUUCAAAGGUUAUUUCAAGUUUGAAGGCAUGGACAAAUACCGGGAUUACAACCUAGAAGAGCUGGACCAAAGUACUGAGAUACAAAGCUCAUAUGACCCAACUCUUCCCUCUGAGGUGGACUAAGAACUGAAAUACAUUCCUCAACAGGGUGAGCAGACUAAUGGAUUGUCAUCAGCUGAAAGGCAAUCUGUAUUUAUAAAUGCACUCUACAUCAUUGAUUUUGUUUCAUAGUCAAAGUGUUCUUUUCUCUCUUCUCAUUUUGCCUGAGAACUAAUAUAUUCUCACUUGUGCUGCAUUCCAAUGAUAAUGAUUAUCUGUGAUGAAGGAAAAUUGCACCGAUAGUAACACUUACAUACUGACUCUGUCUCAAGGUUACCCAUCCUCAAACUUUUCGUGUUCUAAUAUCACUUCUUCAAUUUUUUAAUAUUUAUGUACAGUAGGGUAUGGUAUCCUGCAACAGUUUUCAAAACUUUUUUUGUGUUUUGCCCAUGUUGAAAUUUAUUGCAAAGGAUCACAGUAAUUUAACGCAUAACUCCAAACCAAGUCUGCAGCUUUUUACCAGUAUAUACUUCUUAAAUUUCUUUACUCUGUUACAGAAGAGCUUAGACAGGAUUUAUUUGAUUUAUUUCAGACUUUUUCCACACUCGCAGUUGGUGUCUGUGUCGUCAGUGUAUCCCCAUUUUUGCAUGUUGUAGUUACAUCGCCCCACCCCUGUGCGAAGCCUAUUGAGGGACUUCCACGUCUUCCAGUCACAUGUAUGGCCAGGGGGCAGCUGUUCCUUGAUCAGGAUUGGUAGCUUUUCGUGAUGGUAGUUUUCACGACGUUUCUCUUCCCACAAGAUCACUCUGGUUGAAUGAGGAGGUUGUGACACUGGCUGGACUGUAUGAAGGAAGCUCUUCCUUGACUUCAGGCGGGUAGGGGCCGGUUGAUGCGAGUACAGGGGAUGGCGGGUGUCCUCAACUUGUCUGCUGCGUUCAGUCCUACUUGCAACUUUUAUGCGGACAUCGGAUGGAGCAAUGCCGGCCAGGGUGUGCAAGAAUACGGUCUAUGGAGAACACGGAUAUGUGCCACAUUGAUAACUACUUAGAGAUCCCCUCCUGUCUCCUGCAGACCAGUUUUCUUCUUCACAUUCUUCCUAAUGUUCUACAUCUUUUCGCUGGCAUGCUUAUUGAAGAGAGCCUCAGUACACCCUGGAAAUGAAGCUCUAACAAAGUCUCGAAUGGCUUUAACUUUUGCUGCUGGAAGGGCUGGCCUCUGUGUUUCGGCUUCCUUGUGCAAGUUGCAUUUGGUUCCUAAUAGGGAAUGUGCAACCGGCACUUCCUUCCCGAACACCUUCAGCAUUAUGUCAUUAACCAUGGCGCUCGGAUUGCUAGAAGCAAGGACGGCAACCUCAUCCUUGCUAAUCAAAGAGUCUCCAGAUUAUGUGUUCAGGUCUUUCUGUAAUGUGACAAAUGCCUGAGGUUCUCCACUACAUUUGGGCUUCAAUGGGAUGGGGCUUGGGCAAGGACUGGCCCCUGGGAUGGGGCUGUGGCUGGCACUCGGGAUGGGGCUUAAUGAGCUAGCACUGGGCCUGGGGCUGGGGCUAGAGCUUCUAACUGCCUGAAGUAAAGUAGGCAACUCUUUUAUGAUGGCAAUAGAGCACCUGAGUGCUUUGUUUUCCUCCUCUAAGCUCUUGUGGCUGCUGAGGCCACAUGUAGGCUCCACCCUGGGCUCAGCCGAUUUCUUUUUCUCCAUGAGCCGCUCCAUGAUGCUCUCCGCAUUUGCCUUUUCUUUGGCAGCUAUCGUCUUUUCCUUCUCCUAGUCUAUCUUUUGGGGGCUGGGCCCUCAUCAUAUUCCUCUUCUGAGGAAUCGGAAGCAAGCCUUGUGCUCCUUAUCGUGGCUCUUAUUCCUCUCCCGAGAGGACUGUGUGUUGUUUUAAUAUCUUUUCCAAAGAGUGCUGUCUCCAACCAACAGAACAGUGGUCGGGUAACUUGUCAGUGGCACUGUAGCUGCUUGUCCUUUCUUCUUCUUAAUCUUAUUGACAUUGUUGGUGUUGCAGUAGGUGACGUCCUUGUCAUCUUUGAAGUUGAAUGCAUCGUUCUUCAGUUUGUGUCGCGCAUCUUUUGGAAAUUCAAGGAAUUGCGUCUCCACUAUGUCAACUCCUAAUUCCUUGCCGAAAUCUAAUAACACCCACUUUUGCUCCAUUAUUGCCUAUUGGAUUGACCAGACCAAGAUGAUAUAGCUAAUUAAUAAUGGAUUUCUAAGAAGUAAGAUGACUCAAACGGGUCAAACUUCCAUUUCAAAGCUUACAUUUGAACACCCCGAUGAAGAACUGGGCCCUGUUUCAUAAAACUUGUUAUCAAUAACAAUUUAUAAUACCUGUUAUAAGCUACUGAAAUCAUGACAUUUGAUUGGCUGAGAGCAAAUUUUGUUAUAGAAUGUUUUGAUUUGUUAUCGAUAACAAGUUUGAUGCAAGAGAGUCCUGGACUCCACGCAGUUGCAGCAUCACUGCUAUGGGGAAUGGUUUAGAAAAACCUUACUAUCUUAAAUGCUAAAAGUAUGCAUUUCCAAUAUUCAUUACCCUCAUUAGGGCAAUUUUUUCCUUCUGAAGUCCUCCAUACUCAGUUUUUGCACCAAGGAUGUUUUAUACAGGUAAGAAUCCUGUAUCAACUUUGAGAUCAUGGAAAGGAAAUUGCAGAUUUUGACUUUCAAAUACCUUACUUCUUUCUUAGAUACAAUUUUUAACUGCAUUUAAUGUUUUUGUUAUGUUCCUUUUAAAGUGGAAUAAUGAAGCAAUGCAAAUAUAAGGUGUUGAUGACUAUUACAUAUAUUUUAUUUCAUAAAUCAUAUAAUUCUGACGGACAUUUACAUUCUAAAUUCAAUAUAUAAAGCUCCACUGCAUAGCUACUUGCACCCUCUAUACAGCCGACAAUGCCUAAGCGGUACUCGUUGAUCCCCACGAUGCCCUUUUUCUAAUGUUAAUUAAGAGCUGAUUUGAUGAAAUAGCCACCUGCCAGUGACCCUGCAGGGAGGUCUUAUCUUUCCAUGCCAAACUAGUGCAGAGGGGUUUUAACAGUCAGUGUAUUUAUAAAUCAUCACCAAAAUAAAUACAAUGGUGUACAUCAAGAAUGUGUGUAAACUUGAAAGAAACAUUAUUUCAUAGUUUCUGCACAAUGAUGAUAUUUCAUAGUAAUUGAUUGAUAUCUUGGAGCUAUUUUUAACUUUAAUAUUCCUUUAAUUUCAAUGUUAUUGAAUAUGUCUUUGGUGUUAUAAGAUAAACCUGCAGACAAUAUUAGUCAAGUUAUGAGUCAGUGAUAUGGUUGCAUUUGACCAUCAUUACACAUACUAUUUAAAACACAUAAUGAAUUCCUUCAAAAAUACAUGUAUGUAUGAACCUUGACCAGAUAUUCUCAGAAUUACCUCUUUUUUUCUUCAUCAUUAUUAGGACAUGUUUCCUUGACCAUUGAUGUAGUAACCAAAGGAAACCAUUUGUAUCAAAGAGAUGUAUACAUUUUUAUAACUAUUAAAUGUGUAAAUGCGCAUCAUUUUACAUUUCAUGUUUUACUCGUUUUAAUUAUACACUUAGCACUUAGAUAAUGACAAAUAAAAUCAAGCUAUAAACAGA